GACACACACACACACACACACACACACACACACACACACACAGAGACUGUCGUCGUCUUGCCGAUCUUGCAAACCAGUCCACGUACGCAGACUGGGUGCAUCACAUGAUUAGUCGAUCAGGAAUGUCUGUUUCAGUCGGGAACGACCGAUCGAACGGCCAGCUUAGGCGGAAAUGGAUGGAUAGAAGAACUCGGCUAGCCGUUCGAUUGAUGAUUGAAGGGGUGGGAGUCGAGUAGGGGUAGGAAGGGUAGAUAUUAAGCGUGUGCGAGAGAAAGAAGGGUCCCGGAGAAGAAGAUGAAGAAGAGAACUGCUAGGGGAUGGGAUGGGAGCAGAAAGAGGUGGCAGGGAAGGAAAGAGCAAGAAACCGGCAGGAUGACCUCCCUUCUUCUGGUCACUUUCUGUCUGUCACGGCAGACUGAGAUAUCCUGUGUGAGGGCAUACUCACAGUACUACAGUAGUACCUUCCACCACGUACCUGACUGCAAUUGCGGCCAGAUCUGGAUGAAUCUGACCGCGAUGACGUCCCGCGCUUAGUAGAAAAGAGUCCAGAUUCAAGUAUGCCCUGAUACCAGAUUGCCAAAGGGAACUGCCUGAGGAAACGGGAUAAUUGUCGACGGCUGGCGACUCACAAUCUUGAGAGAGGGGCCCGACGAACGGGAGCAGGAGGAGAAAUCGGAGGAAGAUGAAGAUGAAAAGGGAGGGAUCACUUUUCUCUCAUCGACAUGACGAUUGCUAAUCGCUCCCUCAAUCUUUCUACAUGUAGUACCUAUACUUCAACGACCAAGAAUUCGAGGGGCUACGAGGAGAAGGGAGAUAGGAGGGAACGCGGAGGAGACCGAAGAGCAGGGGUUGGAGUUAAAAAAAAGAAUAGAAUGGCCAGGAAGGAAUCGACUGGGGAGCUUCAGUUACGACGACAAAGGAAAAAGGGAAGAGAACUUAAAGUAGAUUCUGAAUAGGAGGGAAGAUUGCAAGAGCAUCUUCUACUACUGCUAGACGGAGAAGUCACGACGAGAAGGAGAGGAGAGGUGUUUGGUCUGAGAGCGCAACGUAUGUAUGACGGACAUCAUGGGCGAAAGCCAGUGUAAUGGUCGGCCAUGAUCCUGACAGUCGGGAUCCACCUUGAAGGUUCGCACAAGGGAGGGCGUUGUGGUUUGGAACAGACCUUGGACUCCUAAAUGUGCACCCAUUGGGCCACUGGAAAUCUAAAAUCUGAAGGAAUGGAAGUGUGAAGUGUGUAUUGAAUUACCCAAAAAAGUUUCUUUGGAUUGUGUAAGCCUACAUCCACGUGGGCGGCCUUGUACGCAAGAGGUUCUGAACAGGGGGAGUUGUAAGGAAGAAGAUAAUUUUCGUUGACUAAAAAAAAAAAAAAAAAAGUAAGUAAGAAGAUAAAAGUGAAUUGAUAUC